UCAAUCUAGUUUAUUUCAGGGGACCUCAGGAAGGAGAAGCCAAAUAUAAUGGAGUGGAAGAUAAACGCUGUCUAGAAGAAGAAACAAACAGAUACAAAUACAACUCAAGGACGCGGAAAUAUCGAUCGAUAUACAACACAGAAGAAGCAAAUAUGAGAGCUCAAACGGAGAGGGGCAGCCCGAUGGUGGCGAACCCUCGAAGAAUCGUCUAUAUAAACAGCCCCUCUUCCGAUAACCCCUUCCAGAUCCGACCCUCUUUUCUCGCCUCUCUCCUUCAGUUUCUCCAGAGGCCUCACUCUCUUCCCUUCCUUCUCAGCCUUUUUCUCUUCAUCACUUGGAUCUCUAUCCGCUUUCAGCGCGUUUCCCAAUUCCCACCUUCCUCCAUCGGAACCGCCUCGGAUUGGAGCGUCGCCGACGAUAUGAAGGCCAAUUUGGUUAGGCUUAGCUCCGGGUUCCCUUCCCAAAUUGCUAAAGACAAGCGUGGCUGGUUGCUUGAUCCCGUUUCUCUGGCCCUUGCUUCUGGCAUUUCUGGUGGAGCUGUCUCUUGCGCUUCAGUUCAUGUUGGAGAAAUUCGUCCAGGCAAGGUGAGAGGAAAUCACAGACAUCACAAUUGCAACGAGACAUUUGUCAUCUGGGGUGCUGCAACAAAAUUUAGGUUGGAGAACAAGAAGGUAGCCGACAAGGGUUAUGCUGAAGUGAUUGUUGGUGCUGAUGAGGUUGCUGUUGCUGCCAGCCCCUGUAGCACGGCCCAUGCAUUAGUGAACAUAGAUCCGAUUAGGAGUACAUUCUUUUUAGGAUGCCAGGACAGUAUAAUCAACUACAAUGGCACAAGUAAUGACUACAACGUUUGGAAAGAUCUUUAAAAAUGCUGCUGUACAGAUUUUCCCAUCCCUUCUCUUCUGAAGGAAUAUGUAAUAUAUCUGAGGCUUCCUAUUGUUAGGCUAUUCUUUUGCAGUAUAUGGCAAUUUUUUAGGCAUCUAUGUACAAAAGGUUUGUUUAGUCGCAUACUGUCUUGAUGAAUGUAGUUCUUUGUUAAUGAUAAAGAAUAAAGGAAAAGGAAGAAAACACAGAAAAGAUAGGCCUGUUCCUGUUCCUUAGCAUGUUACAAAAAAUUUUCUUC